AUGUUGAUAUGGGGAUUUGUAUUGGCAGCGAGUCUGGUGGCUACAUUAGUCUACCGGCACUUUUUCCAUCCGCUCUCCCACAUCCCCGGACCCCGAAUAGGAAUAACAACCCGUGCCUGGCAGAGUUGGCGUUACCUAAAAGGACACUGGCAUGAGGAUAUUCUUGGACUACAUGCCCGGUAUGGACCAGUGGUACGCAUUGCACCAAACGCGGUAUCUAUGCUCGAUGCCACUCAGGGACUACGGACAAUUUACGGUCAUGGCACCAAAGCGACGAAGACCGACUGGUACUUGAUAUGGAACAGCAGUGGGAGGAUAGCCAACACCUCCUUCAGUGAAAUAGAUGUCAGUGAGCAUUCACGAAAGCGCAAGCAAGUUGCGAAAGCCUAUGCAAUGACAUCUAUUCUCAGAAUGGAAGAUUAUAUUCAAGCUGUUGUUGAUCUGAGCAGAGAAACUUUUGCACAAUGCGUUGCAGAGGCAAGCAAAGGCGAGGCAGUUCUAGACAUGGCCGUGUACACUCAAUCAUUUGCGUUCGAUGUUCUGGGAGAAAUCGGGUUUGGUGGCAACUUUGAUCUUUUGAAAACAAGAGGCCAGGGACCAUCUAAGUCUAUUGUCGAAGCAAUUGAUUUGAGCUUCCUAGUGCUCGCAAACUCGGGAUACCUUCCUGGAAAGCUUCGCUGGCUCAAGUCCAAUGGAAUCAGGCGUAUCUGCAAAUUAUUCAACAUUGACCUAAGCAAGCUCCAACAGCUGUUCCAAGUGACACAAUAUGCCGACGAGAUGGCCAUGAAAAGGAAACAAGAGAAAGCAUCGCGCACCGAUCUCCUCCAACAAUUUAUCGAUUCCAAGACUAGUGACGGCAAGCCGCUAGACCACCCAGAGCUACUUGGAGAAGUUGUUAGCCUCUUGGGAGCCGGAGCAGACACCUCCGCCAUUGGUAUUCGAGCCGUCUUGGGUCCCCUGGUUGUGGAUCGCACUUGUUAUACAAGACUUACAGUAGAGAUUGACUCUUUCUAUACCUCUCAAAAUCUGGAAGGUCGGGAGAUAAGAUAUACAGAAUGUCUUGAGUUACCGUAUCUGCAGGCGGUAAUCAAAGAAGGCUUACGCAUGCACCCAUCUAUCCAGUUCCAACUUCCUCGUUUUGCCCCUGAGGGUGGCGUCACGAUAUGCGAUGCAUUCAUCCCUGGGGGAACCGAGAUUUCUAUGUCACCGUUGGCAAGUAACCGUGACAAAGCUGUGUUUGGAAAGGACGCAGACGUUUGGAACCCGGAUAGGUGGUUGGAGAGCAACGAGCGAUCGGCUUGGAUGGAUAAACAUCUUGCCACGUUUGGGUAUGGUGCGAGAUCCUGCUUGGGGAAAAAUAUCGCUUUGGUGGAAAUCAAUCUCUAUGUGGUACAGCUGCUUCGCCACUUCAAACUCGAAAUCGCCAAUCCCAGCGAGCCAUGGAAAGUCCACACCUGCUGGUCGUCAAGUCAAAAGGAUAUGUUUAUGAAGGUCGUCAAGCGGAAUUGGUAG